GUUGUGCGCAUGCUCAGUGCAAUGCACCUGCUCAACAGUAGUGCGCGUCCCCGACGGCCCGAGCGCGCCACCGUGAAAAAUCUGUGUGCGCGCUCUUUAUGGCAAGUCUCAAAAGAAAGGGGGGAGCAGAAGCACGUGAACGCGCCGUAGUUGUCAGGGACGGACGGGGUGCAGCUGGGAAAAACACACACACACACACACGCAUACGCGCGCGCACACACACACACACACACACACGCUCCCUCGCUCUCUCUCGCGCGCGCGCGCAUGAGCAUAUACGGCGAAACGAUACGACAGCUUACCGACGGGGGAAACAAGGCAGCAGCCUUCGUCAUGACGGUGACACCGCCCGCGCGCAGAUAAAAAAAAAAAAAAAAAAAAAAACACCGUGAAGCAUGCCGCGCGACUCGGGCACCUUUUGUUCGUUUCCCGGAAACCCUGGAGCGCGAGGGGAAUAAAAAUGGAGCGGUAGGGGGCCAAGACGAGGCGCGAUUAACGCGCGCGUCCACCUGCUGCUACACACACACACACACACACACCGGGGGGAAACGGUCAGGGCUUGCUCGCGCGCACGCAAGAGAGAGAGAGAGAGAGAGAGAGAGAGAGAGAGAUCCCGUGGAGAAGAGAUAAACAUGCUAACAAGCUAAGCGCAGAGAAAGGAGAAGAAGAAGAAGAAGAAGAAGAAGGACGGAGCGAAACCCAAGACGGGAAGAUCGGACAGUAAGAAUGACGUUUGUGCAGUGCAGACUUUCUCCAGAUUGAUGGAUGUCCUACAGGAGUCGCGAUUCGCAGGGCCUGAGCACUGCCCCAGUCCUCCUAACGCCACAGACAAUGACUCGCAUGAUCAUCUCUCUGACAAGUCGCAUGUUCUGACGCACUGUGACUCCACCGACCCUCCUCUUCUAUCCCCACCCACUCUGGAUUCCUCCAGCCAGACAUCUGAAGUUCCCUUCAGUGUGACAGACCUGCACGAUGACUCUGUCUCCAAAGCCACCUCUCUCUCCUCCCUUUCUUCAUUCUCUUCUCUCUCCUCCCUCUCAUCCCUCACUUGCUCCAAGCCUGUGAGUCCCUGGUCUGUGCCUCAGGGCUGUGACAGACCAUCCCUUUCCAGCAUGGAUUCUGGGGGAGGAGACUGCAUAAGUUGUCUACUUCCAAAGAACCAAUCAUGUGAGUCCGUUCUUGGAUUAACCUCCGAUUUCCAGUCCUGCCCUUCCUCCAACAUCAGCAUGCAGUGCCUCAGCUCUGCCACCACUACUGGCCGCUAUGGUGACCAAGUGAUAUCUGAUCAGUUGCUCAGUGGCACCACCCAUCCAGCUGGAGUUCAUGAAAAUGCAGAAGAAGGCAAGUCAAUGCGAGAGAGUGAAUCAGAUGAUGAUCCGACCUCUAGGAGUAUAUACGAGAGUUUGAGCGAGGAGGCUCAAGACUGGAGCUGCCUGGAGUCCCUGAUCAGCGAGAGCCGAAUGGAACUGUUAGACUUGUGCUCUCGCAGCGAGCUUGCAGUCAAUCUGUUUUGCGAGGAAGAUGUGGAAAACUACAUGUUCCAGGAUGAGGAGUCAACUCUGGGUACUGACGUCUGUUCGCUCAAAAUUCGCUACGAGUCCUACCCGGAUGUGGCCCAAGAACGGACUGAGGUCCCCCUGCAAGAUGAAUCCCAACUAGGCUUUUUUCCCACUCUACCCUGUAGCAGAACGGAAAGUUUGCAAGACAAGAUGGACCAAUCAAGCGAGGACAAAGUAGAGGCUCCGACAACCCCCAACAGCAAUUUUCUUUUUGACCUCAGUAACUCACCGGAGGAUUCUGGCGAGUUCAGUGAUGACAGCUACUGCACAGGCUCAUCGCCUGACACCUGGCAAGCUCAACAACCCCAUGGGCAACUGUCCAGAGAGAAUUCUAGUUCCUCCAGCCAGCUCAGCUACCGCCUUCGUGCCAAGAGGAAGGUUGCUUUCCGAGAAGACUACCUAUAUGAUGUUGACUCCAUAGAGAGUGAGAGGAAUGCAGAAAAGCGCAAGAAGCUGUCAGUCGGACCUAAGAAAGAGUGGGACGAUGACUGGUGCCCAAAGAAGCGGCGCCGGUCAUGUCGAAAGGAGCCGCCGGUCAUCAUUAAAUACAUCAUCAUCAACCGCUUUAAAGGUGAGAAGCACAUGCAGGUGAAGUUGAGUAGAGUGGAACCUUCAGUCUCAACGGUGAAUCUAAAUCCAGAUACCUUACUGCACUAUGAAAAACUGGCACCUCUGAAGGCCUACUGGCAGAAGAAGGAAAAGGAACAGCAGGAGCAGAACUCAAUAGCAGCUGCAGACAAAACCAAACGCCUCAAUGGCUGCAAAAGGCCACCGAGCACUACCCCUAAACGCAAACAAAGGAGCGCAAGACUCAGGAUUCAACGGGUCCCUGCUGUAGAGACUGCAAUCGCCAGCCAAACUGCUGCUGCAUUGUGUAACAAUCAACAAGAAAUGGCUGACUCAGUAAAAAGCACAGAAGACCUACAACGGGCCACAACACAUGAUGCCUUGGACAAAGUAGAGACAGGUAAAACUACACACCAAGCCAGGGCUAAGAGCAGAACUCAAGAGCGAGAGGAGAGGAGAAAACUAGAUAAAACAGUGAAGAUAAAGAAAUUCAAAAGUGAAGCCAGACUGAGGGCUAAAAAGCUACAGGAAGCACAGAAAGAGGAAAACCCCACUGCCUCUGAACUUACAGAGUUAAGUUCUUGUUUACCUGAAAACCUUAGUGACUCUUUGGAAAGUAAUCUUCUCACAAAUGAGACCUCGGUUGAAAAAUGCACUUUGACUCCCACUGCCCCUGGGACUAAUGAAAAUGUGGACCUCCUGCCUGGUGGAUAUCUACAGACUCUUCUGGAAGCUUCAGAAUCUUCCAGCAGUGCCAAUGUCACAUAUUUUUCUACAGACGAGCAGCAGACAGGGUUGCUACCAGUUGCAGCCCCUCUGCAACCAGUUCAAACGUGUGUACUGUCCCCUCCCUCAGAAUCUGAGCUCCCACACUCACCCCAGCCUCUCAAUCACAUCCCACACCACACAUCGUUCCCUGAGACCGACCACCCUGAACAAAGCUACCCUGUCAACUGGCCUUCCCAACCCACCGUUGAGCAGCUUUCAUUCUCUCCCGACAUCCCAACUCAGUCCCCAGUCAUGCCGUCAGGCUUUCCUAGGCCAAUGCCUGUACUAGCAGGGGAUGGCACAACAGUGACAGGGUAUAGCCAGGUACCACUGGGUACCUGCAGGAUGGCAUUCGAAGAACCAAUCUUGCCAGAACCCCACUCGGAUACCGAUUAUGGGCGUAGUCCGGUGGGAUCACGAGUUGAAAACGGCAUGGGCCGACUCGUCAGCUUUAACUCUCUGGGAUCUCUUUCUGCAGCUUCAAGCAACUAUAGUUCUCUUAGCCUGAGAGAGGGUGAAAGAGAAAGAGAAGAGGAGAUGAGCGAGAUUAGUGAUGGUUUCCUCUCACAUUGCAGCCCUCAACUAGUUCUGCAGCAGAGCCUUGAGGAGAUCACUCCACUUCGAGAGUCCACUGACUUGCUUGAUAUAUCCAACUUCACCCCUGACAAGUUCCGGCAUUCCUCCUUGUCUGAAAUGUCCCCACCUGACACACCUAGCCCCUCACCACAGCUGCUGGGGAACUGUGGCAAAGGGGGAGGGUUUCUGGAAGCAGCAGGGGCUAAUGUGAGGUGGAGCUGCAGCACUGUCCCACAAGUCGAGCAAGAUGCAUCACAAAACGCACACCUCUUACAAACCUUCACUGAGGAGGAUGAUGAAGAAGGGCUUCAAGGUCUUAAAAGGUCUAAAAAGAAGGGAGGAAAGAAUGGACAAAGCACCAAAAAGACCAAAACUCCCAAGGCGGCUAAAGGUGAGAGGGUUAAGCUCCCAAAACAGGGUUCACAUUCUGCUAAGAAAAUCAAGGCAUUAUUAGAGGGGAAAGCAGCUAAAGGUGAGAGGAAAUUAGACAGCGGUGCUCCUUCUCCAACCCCCUCCCUGAACAUGAUAGGGGCUCAGGGGGACUGGCCGAAUGCUGGAGCUCUAUCAGAUGAUGAUCAGGGUGAGUUCCAAGAGCCGUCGAACAUCCUGUCCAAUAUAGUCUCCGGGAUGGCAGAGGUGCAACGCUUCAUGCGGGCCUCAGUAGAACCACUUUGGGGGCCUUGUCUGUCACCAGGGCAGCAUGCUCUCCAAAGCCAAACACUGAAAAUACUUGGUAGCAGUGCUGACCUUAAGAAACGGGGCAGUGCAUCAGGGGCAAGUAAGGGGAAGAAAGGGACAGGGCGCGAUGGUAAGACCUCAUCAAAACUUCUUGCACCUGGCUUCUUCCCUCCUAUCGGUUUGGAUUGCCUCCCGCUUCCUCACCGGCCUGCUCACAAAAAGAUGUACCGCCACAAAAGCACCACAAAGUUUGCCCGUGAUGAACUUUUAGCGGGUAAAAGGGACAUCAAAGGAGUUGCAUUGGCAGCUUUGGUAGAGAAACAGAGGUAAUAUUUUCUCUUUGCAAAGUACCCAUGUCAAUCCUUGUUUCCUGUCAAAUCCUUCUGAGCCGCCACCACCACACACAUUUCAGAGCUGCAUGGCACUGACUUUACCCACAGUCCUUUGCCUGCCCCACAGGAAAGUGGGUACCCCCUGCAUGACAGCCCUGCUAAGCUACCUACUGACUAAGUGGAGUCACUGUAUCACAGCUGCAUCUAUCUGCCAUUUGCUGCUUUGUUGCAUUUUUUUAAUCAGUUUAUUUUUUGAUCAGUUUUUUUUAAAGAGACAAUGCCUUGAAAGCCACCUUAAAGCAUACUCUGGUGUAGUAUUACAUUUUGAGGGGGUUUGUUUUUUUUCUCUCUGUCACAGGUCAAGCGCUAUAAGUGUUUAAUCCGUGUGCUAACACUGUUGUUUAAAACAAGCCCAUCACUUGCAAAAUGGUUGCCUUCUGUUGUUCACGGGUCAAAGUUUUUUUUUUUUUGUUUUUUUUUUGUAGUAUUCCCCUCAUUAAGAGUAUUCCAGUGUUACUGUGCCAACCAUUUGGAAAGAUUCGGGAACUCCACGGGUAGCGCAUAUUUAGAAAAGGACAUCAUACUUUUGUAUAAGACACUCGUGUCUUAAUGUAAUAGUUGUCUUUAGUAUUAUGUUUAUUUAUGGUUCGAGUAUUGAGGGUUUGGUCACCGGUGCCAUAGGCUGACCCGAGUCCUCUCUGCCAGUAUCGAAAUGCUGUUGUACAGGAACAUAUGCACUAUUUACAAAAUAAGAUUAUAUCAAACAUGUUUAAAAUUAACGUGCCAAAAUAUGAACAAUUAAGUGUACAGAACAUUUUUAUCUACAUAAUAAAUAUUUGCUGUUUUUUAAUGUGGUGGUGGUUGUGGGAAUGUAUGUGUGCGGUCUCGGGGUGGGUUGGAGAAUAAUUUCGGAUUUUACUGUUGUUACAUAUGCAGACAUCGGUUUGUGGAGUCUUCUGUACAAUCGGGGAGAACGAUAUCACUGUUUUUUUUUUUCACUGUUUUGUUCGAUAUUACACGCUUAGUGAGUCGCAAAAAGAAAGAAAGCCACUGAGCAGAAGAGUGAACGAAGAGGAAGAGUUGUAACAUUGUAACUACGCAUGUGCCAAAUAUAAAUUAUUUAACAUUUUAUCACAAUUUAUCAUAUCACAAUAUUUAAAAGACAUGACUUCAUGUUUAUUUGUAUGUGUUUUCAUAGGGCAGCAUUUUAAACGUAAAUGAAGAAAUCUUAUUUUGGGAUUUAAGCCAACAGAAUUAUGCUAGCUAGUAGGGAUGAUAUAAUUAUCAUAUCUCAAUACUUGAAGACGUUUUCACGAUACACGAUAUGAAUCGCCAGCACAGUGCCAAGAAAACAGUAGUGCCAAAUUUAAAAAAACAAAAACUCGUAAUAUUUUAAUACUUUUUUUAAUAUAUAUAUAGUUUUAACAAUUAACAAAUAGCCACAGAAAUACAUCUUGAUAUUCAGUAAGCUACUGGAUACCGUUAAUAACAAUGAAAUGUUAUAAAAUUACUUUAUGAUUUAUUAAUUUCUUUUAUGAUUGUGAUAUAAUAUAUCACUCAGCACUACUAGCUAGCAAGUUACAUAUGCCACCUACUGGUAGGUGUUACAUUAGCUAGCUAAAUAUAAGCUACGAAAUAUUAGCUAGCUAAUUGUAAGCAAUGAAACGUGGAGUUAACUUGCGUUUGUAGAGUUUUGUGGUCUCCAGAUUUGCUUUACUCUGGACCCAAAAAGGAAUUUUUGCAGAUUUCAAAGCAAAAAUGCUGCAUAGCAUGGAACUAAAGAGUACUUUUACCGAAUAUUAGCACAUGCCUAGUUAUACAUGAUCUUCUGAGUGACAUUGUGUCGUCCUCCUGCUACGAAAAGGGUUCGAUAAUAAAAUAUGUACAGAGGGAACUGGACUAGCAGUAACUUACCAUAAAUCAGUGUAGAUCAUGAAAGACUUUAUGAUUCCUCUUCAUAAAGUUUGCAUUCCCUAAUAAACUCUAAUAAAAUGAUCAGUGGGAACUUUCACACUUCAGUUUUGCAGACAACAGGACCAAAUUAUUUUUUGAGAGUUUUUCCAGUGUUGCUAGCGAUGUGCAUGCAUAACCAUGAUAUUCAAGCUAAGUUGUGCAUGCAGAUGCCCUUAUUUAGCAUCUUUUUUUUGUUCGUUUUUUUUUCCUCUUGCGAUGUUUGAAUGUUAUUUAAUGUUUACAAAAAAAUAAUGUGAGUACCCCAGCAUUCCCUAGCAUUCUUUUUUUAGUUUUUUUCCCCUAUUAUUUAUGUAUUUUUUGGACGAGGGAACUAUACAGACUUAUAAAAUUCCCUUGUAAAGAAAAAUGAAAUGCAGCAUUUGCAUCGACUACAAAGUUAGUCAAAAAAACAUCCAUGUGCCAUAUUUUUACGAAUGUAUUAUGCCUUCAUGGUUUUUAUUUCGCAUAACUUUUUUUGCCUUAUUUAUUUAUUUUUUUCAUCACAAUAACAGACCUGUUUGUAUCAUCUGGUAUCUUUGCCAGGAGGAUUAUUAAAACUCUUGAUGUAGGGGGAAAAAAUUUAACAACCUGUAUAUUUUUCAUCGUGCCAAUUUGUAACAUAUUUUCUAAGUGUAUAUUUUUCUUAGAAAGUGCUGUGAGGUCGUUUCUUGAUGUGGCUUCUGUCCUUUUGCCUUUCAGGCAGUGAAAAAGGUCACUGAAUUAUCAUGGGAUUUUUUUGUUUGUCUUAAAGCCAAAAAUUGUGAAAGACAAAAAAAAUCCUUUGGUAACGGAGAAAAAGCUGUGGCUUUGUUGAGUUUUGUUAUUGGACCAAUCUUAUUGUGAGAGUGUUGUGCUCUAGUAAAUCAAUUACUGAUAAAAAAUGAAAACAGACAGCUAAUUAAUGACACUAAUUUGUGAUUUAAUCUCUGUUUUAUAGAUUUUAAUGUAAAUUAUUCUAGUAUUUUGUUUCUGUUGUAUCCGUUUCAAAGGUUUAAAUAUUUGUGAACCAGCCUGUAUGGUGAAAAAUGUAAUAUUGGUAACUGGAGUUUUGUAAUCAUGUUUAUGGAAUAAAUAUAAAUU